AUGGGAAGAGCAUCGGUCCAGUGCUUUGCAGUUUGCUCAUAUACCAGCAUAUGGGUUUCCCCCAACUUGGGUACUGAUAUGGGUCUCUCUAAUCCAAAGAAAAUCUCAACGACCCACAAAGAAGAGAGCUGGGCGCUGUUGGAGCUGGGCGCUUGA